GAUUAUAAAGCCAUCCAAAAAUAAAAGCCCCUCUCUUUCUCUCUCUCUCCCUCUCUCCACCGCGAUACCCGGAGCGACUCUCUCACCGGAGCUCGGGUCGGGUCGGGUCCUUUUGACUUUGAGUCUUCACGGAGCUGAAGCUGAAAAAGCUGCUGUCUUUGACUCCAAGUCGGUUCGUCUCGCCACAAAAUGGGCUGCGCCGGAUCGUCUCAGAGCAAAGAAGACGGAGCUUUGAAAAAGAUACGGAAGCCUAAACCUUGGAAGCAUCCCCAGCCACUAACAAAGACUCAGCUCUUGCAGUUGCGUGAAGAGUUUUGGGACACGGCUCCUCACUAUGGUGGCAGGAAAGAGAUCUGGGAUGCUCUUCGAGCUGCUGCUGAGGCAGAUAUCAGUCUAGCACAAGCUAUUGUUGACAGUGCUGGGGUAAUUGUACAGAGUGCUGAUUUGACAAUUUGCUAUGAUGAAAGAGGUGCAAAAUACGAACUGCCCAAGUAUGUUUUGAGUGAGCCAACCAACUUGAUUCGAGAGAAUUAACAUGAGCUGAUGAUAUGGAAAAAUUUGUUCACAAGAUUGAAUGUAAAUCAUAUGUACAUUAUACUCAUUCUGUUCCGUAUGUUUAACAGAGUAGGCAACUCCAGUCUGUUUGAUCGUCUUAGUUUGCUGUAAGUUUCUUUGGUUAGUUGGACAUGAUUGCAACUGUUUGGAU